AGUGUGUAGUCGACGCAGUGGAUGGACACAGCAGUCUGCCUAACAUAGCCGGGAGAAAGGUGUUUGGGAGAAUGUUUUCAUGCCUUUGUUUCCUGUGGGUGGUGUGUGUUGUGACGGUGGCCGAUCCGUGUGCAGGAGGAGGUGGUUCAGGUAAGUGAGCCAGUUUUACAGGAGGUGGUUCAGCCAAGAGGGUCAAUGACACAGGAGGUGGUUCAGGUAAGAGGGUCAAUGAUACAGUAGGUGGUUCAGGUAAGAAUGUCAAUGAUACAGGAGGUUGUUCAGAUAAGACAGGCAAUGUUACAGGAGGUUGCUCAAGCUAAUGUAACUUUUAAUGUAAAUUUCUUAUCUAAUCGGAUUAAAAUCGACUUCUAAUUAAUCCUCUAGUUAAUAAAAUUAUUGUUUGAAAUGUUACAUUGAUUUUUAGGACCUUACAGUCAGUGCGCGGGUUCUGAUGUGCUCUGUCGCAACAACGGAGUGUGUAAGAAGGAUGUCCGUGGUUCCUACAUCUGUGAAUGUCCCGAGGGCUACUCGGGGAAAUUAUGUCAGAUUGUAGGCAAGUAUGGGACUUUAAACAAAAAUAGUUGUGAGAUUAAAUUAUAAUAUUAAUUUUUUUUUUAUUUUAAAUUUAAUAUAGUUAGUUUAACAUUUAGCUAUAAGAGGUUAAUUACACGAAAUGAAGCUGGUAAAAAAAAAAAUUUAAAAAUUAAAAUGUGUUGUACUUCAUUUAUUCAGUUCUCAUUCACGAGCUUUCGGCUUCUCCGGCGAGAGCAGCUGUAUGUUGGGUCAGGUUUGAGUUGAACAAUUUUUUCUGUAAAUGUCUGUGUACUUAUCUGGGGUGGGGGUUAAAGGGGGGGGGGUUGGGAGUGGGCUGGGUUGGGGUUGAAGCAAUAUGAAGCGUCCGUUCGUUUAAAUGUUUCUCUAAAAGUGUGCGUUAGCCUGCAUGUUCCUAUUCCCGGUGUAUACAUCAUGUGUUUCGUGGGGCUGUUUCUCUGAGAUAUCAAUGACUGCGGAUGAUUGGUGGCACUUUAAGAAACGUGAUGUUAACUUAAUGCCCCGAAUGAACCAUUUUGAGAGUUAUUGUUUUUUUGCCAGUUCGCGUGACAAAAUACUCCUUAUUCCAGGGAUACCUCGAAAAUGUGUUCUGAGGUGUCAAAACGAAGGGGUGUGCCAGAUUAAAAAUGGUAAGACGACAUGCGCGUGUCCCGAUGGGUUUAGCGGAAGACGGUGUAACGAUGAAGGUGGGUACUCACUUCUAAUUUCAUUACGUUCGUUUUUUUUUUUUGUUUUUUUUUUUUUGCUGUUUUAUUUAUUUUGUUAGGUUGUUAUUUCACUAUUCGCUAAUUGUUUUCUUUAGGUUCUGGAUUUCUUUUGGGGACGGUGUGCCAUCAGCUACUUUUUUUUUUUUUUUUUUUUUUUUUUUUUUUUUUUUUUUUUGCUGUUUUAUUUAUUUUGUUAGGUUGUUAUUUCACUAUUCGCUAAUUGUUUUCUGUAGGUUCUGGAUUUCUUUUGGGGACGGUGUGCCAUCAGCUACUUUUGCGUUGUCGGCCUCUGUUAUCAUACAGUGCCAAGUUGCUUUCUAUUUUUAUUUCUCAAUUUUUAUCCACAUUUUUAACAAUAUUUCCCACUUCACAAAGGGGUAGUAGAUUCUCAAAAUCUAGAGAAAUUUCUCCGAGGCCUGGCAUUCGGCCAUAAAAUAGCUGCUAACGGGUACAUGACCAUCGGCUACUACUUGAUUGCUGCAUUGGACGAACUCAACCUCCAACUUAAUCUCGCACUUAAAAAAAACUCAAGAUCAAAUCACUAACACGAUAUUUUUCGGCGAUGGACAGCGAUAGGGCCUAUAAGAUGUUUUUUUUUUUUACUAUGUAAGCCGAAAAUAAAUCUGUAUACUUUGUUAUGUUUUUGUUUUUCCAGACAUCGCUCUGCGCUGCUCAUAUUUUGAUUGCUACAACGGGGGACAAUGCAAUGUAUUAGAGGAAGUCCCCAUCUGUAUCUGCACCAAAGGCUUUACAGGUCGAAGAUGUCAAGGCGGGUGCUUGAAAUAAGCUGAAUAAUUCGUUUCUAUCAACAACUCUUGUAUGCUAGUUAAAACUUUGGAGCGCAGCCCCAUUUUUUCAAUUAUUUUUUUUUUUUUAAAUUCAGUUAUAGCGAAUGGAAAGUUGAAUGCGACACAAUUCAUUUUAAUCCUAACUAUUACUACUAAAUAAGAUUAAAUUAAGAAAGAAGAUCAUGCGUAUUCAUAUUUGAAAUUAAACUUUAAUGUAAAAGCGGGCAUUUAUUUUUUUCAUUUACAAAAGGCUGCAAAAAUUUGAUUUCAAUUCUCGUGCGCGGCACGUGUCAUUUCCGGCUCUGCCCCCAAGUUCAUAGUAACAAUGAACUACAACAGUUGUGUGAACUUUAACCUUUUAUAUUUAGCACGUACAAACCAAGGAUAAAUAAAUGAGUUGGUAGAUUUCUUGGUAUUAUUUGGGAAUGCUAUGAUUAAAUCUCGCACCUCUCCUACUUUCUAGAUAUUAACUAUUGUGAAGAUUACAUCUGCUACAACAGCGGCACGUGCAGGAUUGAGAAUGGAGGACCCACAUGCGUGUGUCCCAAACAGUUUAAGGGAAAGCAAUGCGAGCUGAUUUUAUAACGCUCGAGGUCUGUGCUAUAAUUUCAUAUUUUUGGCGUCUGAGACAUUAAUUUUUUUUUUUUUUUAAAUCCAAAGCUUAAAAUUGAAUAAGACAAUGAAUGGCUUGAAAUGGCAUCCCUUUAAAUAAUAAAUAGGAUAUUAAGAUGCCUCAAAUUAACAUUAAACAUUCUAAACCCAUUUAUCUCAAAUCUGCACACAAAAAAAGCACUUUCAACACGGUUCUUUCAUUUGUUCUAACCGUAUUGGUUUAGCCCGCGGAGCCAUAAUGUCUUGUAGGAACCGUGAACUCAAUAAGGUGACGGAGCCAUAAUGUCUUGUAGGAACCGUGAACUCAAUAAGGGGAUUUCUUUUUCUUCUUCAUAAUCUAUGAUAGGUCUAUAAUUGAAUCCACUUAUAGAGGUUUGUAUGGUGUAUGAAACGGGCGCCUGUUUUGAAAUGUCAAAUUCUGAACCCGUAAUAAACACAUACACACAAACAACAUAAACUGAACUGAAAUACAUUUUUUUUUAAAAAUUUACUGUCUUAUUGUACAUCGGCAGGUUUAGGCAGCUCAGAUGGUGAUUCUCAAGAAAAGUACACUAGUACCGUAGUAAAUACUUGGGGAGGAAAAAAAAUGAUGGUUUGGUAAUAGAUUUCAAUAAAUACAAAGUGUUACUUUAAACGUCUUCUCAUGCAUUUAUUUUAGAACUGUAUAAUCUAGAGCUAAGAAUCUCUUCCAACAACGACAUGUUUUGAGAACGCCACAUAGAUAUGUUUGCCAAAGAGAAUUUUCCAAGCAGUAAUAUGUAGAUGUAUCUACAUUUUCACCGACGUUGUUUUCUCUAUUAUGAAAUCCCAGACCGGGGGUCGGCGAUCUGCAGCAC